AUGAGCGAGAGGGAUCUGGCGCCUGAUGAAAUCGCACAAUCAUCAAUUUCUGGUGGAGCCACUCCUACAUUUACCCCAACUCAUGGGUCGGAUAAUAUGCUGGAGAUGCGGCCUUCCUCAGCAGCAGAAUUUCCUGCUCCCGGUUUGGAGCUCCCCAAUGUCUCCGCUAUUCUACCUCACGAAGAGGAGUGGCUAUACUCCUCUCAACCAGACCCUUCCCUGAUAAGACAGGUUGUCAAUUCUAUCGGAGACCCCUUGCUAUUCAGUAUACCAUCAUCCCCUUCGAUUACGAUUCGCACAAAUAAUGAAUCACCAUGGAACCAGCCUCGCAAGAUAGAGAUGAUACCACCAGAUGUUGCUCGACAGCAUUGGUUCACCUUUUCUGGGGCAGAUGAACAGGAUCCUACCAUAAGACGUGACAUUCAGUCGCCCACGCAGAUAGAUGAUGAAAUUCGACAACGCCUCCACACCCAUUUGUACCGGCAGCCAUCACAAGACGGCCUCCCAUCAACGGAGUUUCUUAAUCUCAGUAUCCAGAAAUAUUUCUCAAAAUUCCAUCCGAUAUUUCCUCUACUACAUCUACCGACAUUUCGCCCUUCGACUCAAAACUCCCUAAUCCUGCUUGCGAUUUGCUGCAUUGGCAGCUUUUUCUUUGGCUCGAAGAAGGCAAUCACACAAGGAAGGAGAAUAUCUGAGCAACUAAAUCAGACCAUACUAAACUCGUGGAUCACAUCUGUUGGGAGGCAACAAUACCAGGCUUUGCCACUUAUACAGGAUGCCUUGAUCGGGCAAACAUAUGGCAUUUUGUCAGGGAGACCCAGAGAUCUGGCUGUUGUAGCUAGCUUUCAUGGAACAGUAACUUCUUGGGCGAAACAGCAAGAGUUUUUCAACGCAGAAGUAGCGAUUCCCGACGUUCUCGAUCAUGGUCUGAUCGACCCGGCUGUUGCGUGGAUAGCGUGGAUAAAAAAGGAAGAGCGAAAUCGUGCCGCGGUCGCUCUACAUAUGCAUGACUAUGAGAUGACUCGUUUAUUCAUUACGGAGCCAUCACUGCAUAAUGCACCGAACUCAAUCCCUUGUCUGGCCCCCCACAGUAUCUGGGACGCCGCAUCUGCCAUCGAAUGGGCUAAGGCCGUUCGAACAUGCGGAGGCCCUUUCCUGCAGUCGGCAGGAGGUAGGAGUGCCCCUCGUGACGCAGCAUCCGCUUGGUGCGAGCUCUCUCGCAAUGAUCACUUGAAUGUGAUUGUCCAACUAAAACAUAUUUGUUCUACAGUCAUUGACAAUGGUUACUUGGCACCCUCAACACAGAUCCUACAAUACGUUGAAGGAUCGCUGACCUCAACUUACGCGAAGCACCUCCGCUUCCGCGGUCCGGAUCUUCUCAGUGUACGCCCACUCUGGCACUCAGCGUUCAUACUCUUGUCCACGGACAUCCGCCGCCUAGAGCUAGCCAUUGGGAAAAAAGGCAGCCGUGAGGCAUCGGAGAAUUUUGAGUAUGCCUCGACUUGGGCUGCGUCAUUAAACUCGCAGCGUGCAAUCUUGCACGGAGCACUUUUGCUCCGACAACUUGAGCCAUUACCCAUCUGCGCCGUAUCAAAUAUACAUGUCUCGAGCAGUCUCUACCAUGCCGCGAUUGUGUGGUACUGCUAUCUCAGGUAUGCCCCAGAAUCUCGCGCCUACUCUGUGCACGGCGCAGAUGAGUUUCAAGAAUUGAAGGAGCUAGCGAUUGAUGUCGGUCAAUUGGUGAUGGAAGUUCACGAGUUCAAGAGUUGCAGACCCUUGAUCCAGGAGUCCACCGUUCUUUUGAACUUGGUUGACAUGUUGAGGAGAGUCGGGCAUUGGGGUAUUUCACGCUCACUGGCGACCCUGUUGACACUUUUGAUUACUGGCUCCACAGACCUCGAUGAUCCAUUGUAG